CGCAGAGCGAGCCGAGAUAGCAGAGAGGCAGAGCAGCAGCAGCAUCCCAUCUAACGAACGACUCCUCACCAACCUCCCACCACCAGCGAGGUGUUUUCUCUCUGAGCAUCCUCCAAAAAUAACGAGAUAAAAGAUAAGAUGGCCACCUCCUCCUCCACUCUGGAAGAAGAUGAGAGUUUGAAAGGCUGUGAAAUUUUUGUGCAGAAGCACAACAUCCAGCAGAUCCUCAAAGAGUGCAUUGUGAACCUCUGCAUCGCAAAGCCUGAGCGUCCUAUGAAGUUCCUGCGGGAGCAUUUUGAAAAACUGGAAAAGGAAGAAUGCAAGCAGAUCAUGGCUCGCCAGAAAUCUAACAGUCAAUCAGACUCGCAUGAUGAUGAGGUUUCUCCCCCGCCACCCAACCCUGUCGUCAAGGCCAGGCGCCGCAGGGGAGGGGUCAGCGCCGAGGUCUACACUGAAGAGGAUGCUGUCAGCUACGUACGCAAGGUGAUCCCAAAGGACUACAAGACCAUGACUGCCUUGGCGAAGGCCAUCUCCAAGAAUGUGCUGUUUGCUCACCUGGAUGACAAUGAGAGAAGUGACAUAUUUGAUGCCAUGUUUCCAGUCACACACAUUGCAGGAGAAACUGUCAUCCAGCAAGGCGAUGAAGGAGACAACUUCUAUGUGAUUGACCAAGGUGAAGUGGAUGUGUACGUGAACGGGGAGUGGGUGACCAGUAUCGGAGAGGGUGGCAGUUUUGGAGAGCUGGCUCUUAUCUAUGGGACUCCCAGAGCUGCGACUGUCAAGGCCAAGACUGACCUGAAGCUGUGGGGCAUCGACAGGGACAGCUACCGCCGCAUCCUCAUGGGCAGCACACUGAGGAAGAGGAAGAUGUAUGAAGAGUUCCUCAGCAAAGUCUCCAUCCUUGAGUCUUUGGAUAAGUGGGAGCGUCUGACUGUGGCUGAUGCCUUGGAGCCUGUUCAGUUUGAGGAUGGAGAGAAGAUAGUGGUGCAAGGAGAGCCUGGUGAUGAUUUCUUCAUCAUAACGGAGGGAAUAGCCUCUGUUCUGCAGCGCAGGUCUGACAAUGAGGAGUACGUGGAAGUUGGACGUCUUGGACCCUCUGACUACUUUGGUGAAAUCGCUCUGCUGUUGAACCGUCCCAGGGCAGCCACUGUAGUCGCCCGUGGUCCACUCAAGUGUGUGAAGCUCGACAGGCCCCGCUUUGAGCGUGUGCUGGGACCCUGCUCAGAAAUACUGAAGAGGAACAUCCAGAGAUACAACAGCUUCAUAUCCCUCACUGUGUGACACGUCGGCCCCUCUCCGGGCCCCCACCAGCAGGGGUGGGCAGCAUCAGCAUCAGAGUUUUGGUCCAUGGGUGGGAUAGAGGUGAGGAUGCGGGGUAACAGAUGUGGGUUUUACAUCUGCGAUGACAGGGCGCUCAUUUCCUGCCCUUUUUCCAUUUUGCGCAUUUCUUUCUUUUCUUUGAUCUUGUGCACUUUGACUUGACCUGUGCUGUCACGUAGCUUUAUGUCAAAAACAACAUGCAGGAGUGUAAAAAUGAGAGCGAGGGCUGCGAUCAUUCAGCUGUAAAUCAGUCAUAAAUACAGUGUCUACUGUAUAUGAUGCAUGCUCCUAGAAUGUCAAAGAAUGGCGUUUGCACUUUCAUGUAUGUAUGAAGGGAUGAAUUCAGGAAAUGAGGAAGUAAAGACAUGUUUACGUACAGCAGGAGAAAGUGAGAACACAUUUCUUUGCUCGCUGGCAGAGGUUUGCCUUUUUUUCACUUCUGGCUGUGCGUGGUGCCAUUUUGAGGAUGAAUCAGACCUGCACUACACAUAUCUGUGUUUCCUAAAGCGUAGAUGUGAAGAUGUGACUAAGUUCCUGGCUGCUUCAUUCAUUUUUGUGCUUUUAAUUGUGCUUUAACUGUCGGAGGCGCUUAGAAGAGAUUUUAUGUGGCGUGUUCAAGCCAAAUUAACUGACGAAUUUCUUUAUUGUUUUCCUCAAGAAACCCUCUUUGUCCCGAUAUUUCUUGCAGCGGUUAAGUCUGAUCUGUGAGCCGUGGUAUUCCAAAGGUGCAGUAGUGUUAUCAGUCCACACACAUGCAAACAGAGUCUGAAACACACUGACAUAAAACACACAACAAUACUGUAUGUGCUUUCACUGUCUCAGGACUAUGUGAAUCCUCAACACACACUGACACACAACUAUUACCUAAAGCUUUUUGAAGCUGAUUUUCUUCUAUGUUGAAUAACUAGAUGAAAGCUUUUGCACCACUCUUGAGUUUAUAACGUUGGGUCAGGAAAAGGUUUGAUUUUAAGACUUAUAUUAUUGAUAGAUACUAAAAGAAAGAAGUAGAAAAUAUACUUGUGUUGUUUUCUUUUGAUCUACUGUAAACAGUAAAAGUUGCACAAAUGACCCAGCAAAAGAUGUUGUAUAAAAGGGGAAGAAAAUAAUCUUUCUGUAUUCUCUUUCUCUCUAUAUAUAUCUUUCUUUCAACUAUCAAACCAUCUUGAGCAAAUAAAGAUAAGCUUCUGAAAUCCUUUUCA